ACUUGCAUUUCGUCUAUUUCCAUAGCAGCGGGAAGUUGGUUUGGUCUGUCUCCAUUAUGCACAGCCCGAAUCGAGUAUUAUCCGCGAUACUAUCGGCUACUGGUCAUGGGUUCGCCGGUAAUGAAAGACAGCAGGAACUGGAAACACGCACAGUUAAUCGCCAGAGUCCCAGUAACCGGGUGAGGGAGGUCCAGGUGACGGGAACAGCAGAGGUUUGCUGCCCAGCGGACCGAGUGUCUGUCCGGGUCAGUGUGAAUAACAGCAAGGAGUCAGUGAACGAGGUCACCACCAGCGUUUCACGGCGACUCGAAUACAUUGUACAGUCUCUCAGACAACAUGGCAUCAAAGAUGAAGACACUUCAGUGAGGAGGUUUCUCCACCGACAGGCAGACCUAUAUCACAUGGAUGCAGAGGUCGUGGUCACUUUUUCAGAUUUUGAGACGAUGGAGCGGGUAUGUAGUGUCCUGUUGGAAAAGCUCGACAAGAGCGUUUGUGUGGGAUCACCACAGUUUUACCACAGUGCAGGAUGCCUGAGUCAGCUGAGGAGGCGAGCAUGUGUAUCAGCAGUUGAAAAUGCUCAGCAGAAGGCCAGUGAAGUCAGUCAGCUCCUGGGACAAAGUCUGGGACACCCCCUACUAGUCAGAGAGGAGGAAGCAAGAGAGUGGAGGAAUAAUGAUGAGGAGGAGGAUGGAGGGCAGGGUGCGACACCCUUUUCUCACAUUGUCCGUACACCCACAGUCACUGCGUCCUCACGGGUGUCUGUCUCCUUCAGCCUCAGAGACAGAAACAGGAAAAAACUCUAGAGCCUUUUGUCAU